GGUCGGGGCGUGGCCUCACCGGGCCAGGAGGCUAUAGGGGCCGCAGCUGCCGCGCCAGUCGGAAAAGGAGCCGGUCGAGGCGCAGCCCGAUCCCGCCAUGGAGCAGCCGAGGAAGGCGGUGGUGGUGACAGGAUUUGGGCCUUUUGGGGAACACACCGUGAAUGCCAGUUGGAUUGCAGUUCAGGAGCUGGAAAAGCUAGGCCUGGGUGACAGUGUGGACCUGCAUGUGUACGAGAUUCCGGUUGAGUACAAGACAGUCCAGAGACUCAUCCCCGCCCUGUGGGAGAAGCACAGUCCGCAGCUGGUGGUGCAUGUGGGGGUGUCAGGCAUGGCGACCACAGUCACACUGGAGAAAUGCGGACACAACAAGGGCUACAAGGGUCUGGACAACUGCCGCUUCUGCCCUGGCUCCCAGUGCUGCGUGGAGGACGGGCCCGAAAGCAUUGACUCCAUCAUCGACAUGGACGCCGUGUGCAAGCGAGUCACCACAUCGGGCCUGGGUGUGUCGGUGACCAUCUCACAGGAUGCCGGCAGAUAUCUCUGCGACUUUACCUACUACACCUCUCUGUACCAGAGCCACGGUCGAUCAGCCUUCGUCCAUGUGCCCCCGCUGGGGAAGCCGUACAACGCCGACCAGCUGGGCAGGGCGCUGAGAGCCAUCAUCGAGGAGAUGCUGGACCUUCUGGAGCAGUCAGAGGGCAGCAUCAGCUACUGCCACAAACACUGAGGGACGCUCAGGUCUCCUAAGACCUCCUCCUGCUGGGGACCCCACGAAGGGAUGUCCACCCUCUGGGGCGUGGCCAGGAAGAGACAAACUCCUCGGCUGGGGGAUCCGAUCUGGAAGAGAUUCUAAUGCGCCCACCUCCUCUUCCUCCUUCUCUACAAAAGCUCCAGUCGAUUUGAGGGAAGCAGCCGAAGAUUUUUUUUCUCCAUUUUCCUCCCUGCAUCUGGAGACACAGCUGCCUUGGCCGGGGAGGCCAGCCUGGGGGGUCCAGAUGCCCAGAGAGGAUCUCUGCUGGCUCCACGUGCUAUGAUCCCAUGGCCAGGCCACAAGUUCUCACCUGCUUUCCUGUCCAUUGGCAAAGGAAUUUCAGAAUUCACUUUACACACAUGACUGGCUUUUCCGAAAUUUAAAAGCCUCUUGAAGAGUCCUUGACCUUGAACUGUGCUCAACAGCCUGGCCCUUUCUGGGGCCACCUUGGGAAAGAGUAUGGUUUUUUUUUUCUUU